GGUGCCAAGGCAGCUCAAAAACGGGAGAGAAAUGCAGACAAGAACGCCGCGAAAGGAUCGAAAUCGCAGUCCAAGUCCAAUGCAGCAGCUACGAACAUCCUCUGUACUACCUGUCGACAGGCAUUCGUGACGAUUUACAGACUAGAGGAGCAUGCGCAGAAUAAGCAUAGCAAGACCAUUGCUGAAUGCUUCCCGACUUUUGGGAAAUAG